GCAGCAUCUCAGUGACCAAUUGGGCUUUCUGGAACAUCAGUAGAAAUGGCUUCAUUCAACAACCAGCAGCAGUGCAAACAGGCAACCACCUUGCCACCUGCACUGUGCAAAGCAGCACCAGAACCGUUGCCAUGCCCUCAGCCAACACCAUGUGGAGAGAAGCCUCCAUGCAAGGAACCACCAGUAGUGGUCGUCCCAACUCCUUGCCCUCAGCCAACACCAUGUCAAGAGAAGCCUCCAUGCAAGGAGCCACCAGUAGUGGUCGUACCAACUCCUUGCCCUCAGCCAACACCAUGUCAAGAGAAGCCUCCAUGCAAGGAGCCACCAGUAGUGGUCGUUCCAACUCCUUGCCCUCAGCCAACACCAUGUCAAGAGAAGCCUCCAUGCAAGGAGCCACCAGUAGUGGUCGUUCCAACUCCUUGCCCUCAGCCAACACCGUGUCCUCAACAAAAGCAGCCAUGCAAAGAGCCACCAGUAGUGAUUUGUCCUCAGCCAACACCAUGUCCUCAGGAGAAGCCUCCCUGCAAGGAGACACCAAUAGUGGUCGUCCCAACUCCAUGCCCUCAGCCAACACCAUGUGAAGAGAAGCCUCCAUGCAAGGAGCCGCCAGUAGUGGUCGUUCCAACUCCUUGCCCUCAGCCAACACCAUGUCAAGAGAAGCCUCCAUGCAAGGAACCACCAGUAGUGGUUGUUCCAACUCCUUGCCCUCAGCCAACACCGUGUCCUCAGCAAAAGCAGCCAUGUAAGCAGCCACCAGCAGUGAUUUGUCCAACUCCAUGCCCUCAGCCAACACCAUGUGAAGAGAAGCCUUCCUGCAAGGAGACACCAGUAGUGGUCGUCCCAACUCCUUGCCCUCAGCCAACACCAUGUCAAGAGAAGCCUCCCUGCAAGGAGCCACCAGUAGUGGUUGUCCCAACUCCAUGCCCUCAGCCAACACCAUGUCAAGAGAAGCCUCCAUGCAGGGAGACACCAGUAGUGGUUGUACCAACUCCAUGCACAGAGAAGCAGCCUCCCUGCAAGGAGCCAGCCACUGUCCCAUGUUGCCCACCUGAGGCAAAAUGCCCACCCCCUUGCGAUCAACAGCAGAAGAAGCAACCUUGCCAGUGGCCUCACCAGCAGAAGUAAGCAAGCAUGAGAAACAACAACAGCGCAGGAAGUCAGCA